AUGGCUGAACUAGGAUUCCCUAACAGAUUUCAACAGUGGGUGCUUGCCUGUGUCAAAACUGUAAGCUACUCUAUAAUUAUUAAUGGAGAACCUUCAGAACCAUUCCCAGCUGCUAAGGGACUGAGGCAGGGAGAUCCUAUGUGCCCUUUCCUAUUUGCAAUUGCUAUGGAAUACUUGAGUAGAUGUCUGAAUGGAUUGAAAAAAGAAAGGGGUUUCAAAUAUCAUCUCAGAUGUUCAAAAAUAGGAAUAACUCAUCUGAGCUUUGCAGAUGAUUUGCUACUCUUGGGAGAUGUGACUUCAAUUACUCAUCUACUACAAUGCCUCAACCAUUUCUAUGGGGCAUCAGGAUUGAGAGCUAACCAGGAAAAGAGCUCAAUUUUCUUUGGAGGAGUAACACAUUUGGCAAGUGAAGAGAUAGUGCAUAAAUUUGGAUAUCCUAGUGGAGAAUUACCAGUCAAGUACUUAGGAGUCCCAUUGUCCACCAAGAAGAUGUCCAUAGCUCAAUGGCAGCCUCUCAUUGAGAAAAUGGUGGCCAGAAUCUCAUUAUGGACUGGAAAGAAGCUUUCCUAUGCUGGCCGGAUUUACAAAGUACCGAAGACAAUUGAAGCAUAUUGCAGGAGCUAUGUAUGGUCAGGAGAAAAUGUCAUCACAAGAAGAUCUUUAGCGGCUUGGGAUAAAAUAUGUACACCUAAGAGUGCAGGUGGACUAAACAUAAUCAAUCUCAAAGUUUGGAACAUAGCAGCAUCAACAAAGAACUAUUGGAAUCUUGCAAACAAGGGUGACAAAAUGUGGAUCAAAUGGAUACAUGCUUAUUACAUAAAAGGGCGACAAAUCUCUGACAUGCCAAUACCACAGCAAGCUUCUUGGCUAGUCAGGAAGGUGGUGGAGGCAAGGAGUUUAGUGGAAGCAAUUCAAAUUCAGACAAAGAAUAACAGGAGCAUUAUUAGACAAAUAUACUACAAACUGGUGGGCCAAUUACCAAGAAUGGAUUGGAAGGUGUUCAUGUUUGGGAAUGAUGCAAGGGCAAAGGCUAAGUUCACAAUGUGGCUAUACAUUCAAGACAGGAUGAUGACUAGUGAUAGAUUGGCUCGAUGGGGGAUGCAGGUGGAUACUAAAUGUGUACUAUGCCAAUCCUGUGAUGAGAGCAGGAAUCAUAUGUUUGUUGAAUGCGAGUUUGCUAGGAGUAUGUGGAAGAGAUUGCUAAAAUGGAUACAAAGACGAACUUUCUGGGCAACCUCAUGGGACCAGCAUUGGAAAUGGGAAAUAGAGAAUGCAAAAGGAAAAUCAAGUAGAGCAUCAGUUUUCAAAAUGGUAUAUGCAGAGGCAAUACAUACAAUCUGGAAUGAGAGAAACCUCAGGAUAUUUGAGAAGCAAAGCAGGGAAGCUGAAGAAUUAGCUAGAAAUGUUGCAUGUGUUUGUAAUGUAAGAGCGACAACUCAAACUAGAAUCCUCAUGCAGCAACUUAGAUUUUGA